AUGGCGGCCAAGUGCGUUCACAAGGGCUGUGGAAAGAUCUUCACCGAUCCGGACGAGGAGUGCAUCUACCACCCGGGCCCGCCAAUCUUCCAUGAGGGGCAGAAGGGCUGGAAAUGCUGCAAGCCGCGCGUGCUGACCUUUGACGAAUUCCUCAAAAUCCCGCCCUGCACCACGGGGAAGCACUCGACCGUCGAUGACACGCCGCAAGAAGAACCCAAGGGGGCCGAUGCUGCAGCUGCAGCGCCCCCUGUGGAAGAACCUCCCGCGCCCAAAGUGACGCCAGUUGCUACGUCCGCUGCCGGCAACGCACCGCAGCCUCCUGCGGCACCCGCCGUCUCCGCUCCAGCCAGCACGCCGGCUCCCGCGCCGCCAGAGGAGCCAGACUCGGACGACCCUGACCUCGAGAUCCCCGCGAACGCGACCUGCAAACGGCGCGGAUGCAAAGCUGUCUACGAUCCGAAUAUCUCGCGAGACGACGAGAAGUGCCAGCACCACCCGGGACAGCCCAUCUUCCACGAGGGCAGCAAAGGAUGGUCCUGCUGCAAGCGCCGGGUGCUGGAGUUUGAGGAGUUUAUGAAGAUCCCCGGCUGCAAGGAGAAGACACGGCAUCUGUUUGUGGGGAAGAAGAAGCCGGAGGGGGAGGAGAUACUGGAAGAUGUCCGGAGCGACUUCUACCAAACCGCAACCACGAUCAACGCCUCCCUCUACCUGAAGAAGAUCGACAAGGAAAAGGCCAAGGUCACCUUCACCGCGAAGACGGUCGAGUUCGACCUCCCCACGACGGACAACAAGCGGUUCACCAAGACGUACAACCUGUACGCGCCGAUCGACCCGGAGAACUCGCAGUACUUCGUGCUGGGCUCGAAGCUGGAGCUGAAGCUGGUCAAGGCGGACGGCACGAGCUGGCCGGUGCUGCGGAGUGACGACAAAUGGACGGGAGAGCGGAUUCAGGAGUUUUUCGUCUGGUUUGGUUUCGAGGAAUCUCAUACUCUCAUACCCUAG